AUGGUGCUCCUCAAGCGCCCCUCUCUGCUGUUGGCGUUGGUGCUUAGUGGUGGGAGGGGAGUUUGUGGCGAGGGUCAUCCGUUGGUGUUGAUCCCGGGUAUAACGGGUACGGGUUUGCUGGCGAAGUUGAGUGAGGAGUCGGAGUAUUUCUCGUGUCGAAAUCAGUGGGAGGUGGAGACGCAAGACGACCGGGAUGAUCCUCCGGUAUUGGGAGGGGAAGUUUCGGUUCUUGGUAAGGGUCCGGUGGGUGUGGAGGUUGGUCAGUGGUAUCGGACAUGGUUGACGCUGGACACAUUUCGGCCCCCGGAAUCUCAUCAGGAGUGUUGGUAUAAGGUGAUGGGUUUGCGAUAUCAGAAGCCGUUGAUGAAGUGGCAUUCGUUAGGGACUUGGGUAGACCCACCAGGUGUGGAGACACGUGUGGACGAUGGACUCCAUGGUGUGGAUUACUUAGAUUACCUCGCGGGAUACGGACUAAGUCCGACUAGGUAUUACCAUGACUUGAUUAAUGGGGUUCUGGCAGCGUUUCCACACUACCAGAAGAACGUUAAUUUUACCGCGUUCGGCUAUGACUGGAGAUUGCCCCCAUGGCAACUGGAUUGGAACUCACUCACCAAACAUAUUGAAGAUUUACAUAGCAGACAAGGCAAACCUGUAGUACUUAUCAGCCACUCAAUGGGCAGCUUAUGGCUCAACUACUAUUUGAACACAUACACUACCACUAGGUGGAAAAGGCAGCAUAUUCGAGCUCUCAUAUCAAUCAAUGGAGCUAAUGGUGGUAGUUUCAAAACCCUGAGAGCACUCAUUAGCGGAUACUCUCCCAUCACCUUCUCCUGGUUUGACUACCUUAAAAUACCUCAACUCAUCUCCUUACCCAAAGUCAGAACCCUCUGCCAAACCUACCCGGCCCUCUUCUCCCUUCUACCAAACGAUGUUAUAUACGGACCGGACUCGCACGUGGUCACGUAUAAAGACUCACACGGAACCCAACAAAGAUACACUCUACAAAACUGGACUGAUACAUUGCCUUCAAAUGAGCUAAAAGAUCAAAUAGAGAGCGUCAAAACGACGUUAGGAAAUGUUGGACUCCAGGACCCAGAAGUGGAAUAUUAUUGCCUCUACUCUAUUCAAAACGAACAAUCAACCGAAUUUAGAUAUUCUUAUGAUACUGGGACCUUCGAUAAGGAUCCUUCAAUUCAAUACACCUGGGGCGACGGAACAAUAGCAGCACCAAGUCUAACAUACUGUCGUGCUUGGGAUAGUACUCGGAUGGUUAAGGUUUUCAAAGGCAUUGAUCAUAUGUUUGCAUUACGAGACUCAGCAGUGAUAUCAUCGGUUGUGAAUAUUCUGAGUAAUCUAUGA